ACUCGAGAGCAUGCCCGCAUUCCUCCUCUCCAUUACAAAUAUUUCUUUAAUAAGCCUAUAAAAACGUUGUUGUAGUAAAACCGGGCGGUUCAAUGAUUGGCUGUGUAAACUUUUGGUCAGUCUGAUUGGUCGGAGAGAUCUUUGCGAAUGAAGGGGCUUUGAGGAGCCUUCUGGAAUGUCUUUGAAUGGGACUGGAUUUGCGCUGCAUCGGGCUAAAAAAAAUGCACAUUUAAACACCGGGUCAUAACAUUGGAUUAUCUGUCUGUGGAUAUACUUGAAGUUCUCUGUCUUUAACGGAAUUAACAGUUGACAAACGUAUGCCACUGCUCAAGGAGACCCAGAUUAAAAACCGGGAGCAGGUCUGUUUCGCUCUGUGUGUGAUCUGUCAAAUAGUUUUCAUCCAACAUUUUACUGGAACCAAUGAAGUUUUAACUGACUACAAUUCAACGGUACGAUAACAGUGCCGUUAUCAUAUGCCCCUAUAUAAAUGAGCUUGACUUUUUAUUGGAAAAAAGUAGGAUUUAUUUAUAGAAUACGUUUUAACGGAUUUGUGCCCUAGAGGAGAAACGAAUAACAGGACUACCCAAAGUGAAAGACAAGAAUUACGUGCACACCAGAUAUGAUGAUCUUUGCGCCCUUGUUUCUCGCUCUUGGGUACAUGGCGAGCUUUGCGCACGGGUGCCAACUGCCAACCGAGUGGCGUCCACUGAGUGAGAACUGCCGUGCGGAACUGGCGGAGAUCAUUGUGUACGCCAAGGUGCUGGCAAUUCACCGGGAGCAGUACGGCGGGGCAGAGGGCCUCCACAACUCCCUGCCAUUCCCGUACGGGUAUGGUUAUGAAGGCGCCGAGGAAGGGUUGCUCUACUCCGCAGAGGUGGAGCUCAUGUGCGACCAGGCGUGGGGCAGCAUGCUGGAGGUGCCGGCGGGCUCGCGCCUCAACCUGACAGGGCUGGGGUACCUGUCGUGCCAGUCUCACACCGUGAUGGAGAACUACUCCUACAUCUUCUUCCUCCGGAUGGAUGAGAACUACAACAUCCUGCCCCACGGGGUCAACUUCCAGGACGCCAUCUUCCCAGACACCUUAGAGAACCGCCGUACAUUCUCCAGCCUGUUCCAGUUCGCCAACUGCUCCCACAGCCAACCCCUCCAGACCUUCUCCCCAGAAUGGGACCCCCAGGAGGACAGCAGGCUCCUGUGCUCCUCGGUGCAGGGGGCUCUGUUUGAGGAGGAGGAGAAGAGCAGGAAGCAGCAGGAGCGCCUGGGCCAGCUGGAGAGGAGGAACAGGCAGCUGAAGGAGCGUGUCCGGAAGGUGAAGCGCUCCCUCCGGAACGCCAGGAAGAGCCAGCGCCAAGCGGAGCAGGAGAGGCAAGGGCUGGAGGAGAGGCUGAGGUCAGCGGAGAGACGAGCUGGGCACCACCUCAAUACUAUCACACAGGAGGCUACGCCCAACAGAUUCCAGGAGACUGUGUUACACCGCACGCCACACACACCGCUUUAGUCUCUAGACGGGAUGUUGUUAAAGACUGCUGGGCAGUCUCUCUAAUUCCUGUUGUUCACAGGCACGCACGCAUGCAUCCACAAACUCACACAAUACUCAUUUAGUGUCAUAUUCAGCUAUAUAUACUGUAGCUCCUACACAUAUUACAUAGAGAGGGCAUCCAGUAGCCCUCGAAUAGCAGACAGAGGGAAUUGGUAUUAGUGAAUGACUAGAGAGAAUGAGAGAGAUAUUGUGUAUAGUUCCUAUUAAUACACAGCACCGUCAUACAGCUGAUGGCUAGACAGAUGAAAUGAUUUAAUUUAGAGUGAGUAUAUGAUGAGUGAAUGACUAGAGUGAAUGAAGAAAGUGAGGUUACUUUCUGGUAGGUGUGUCUGUGGGCAUUUGUGCCAUGUGUUGUCUGUUGCUGUCCUCGUGCCAACACCACCAAAGAGAAUGUCCAUGAGGCAUUGGGAUCAUUAUAUAUGAAUGUAUUACUGAAGCUGCAUAUAAACUCUAAUCAGGCAUUACUAA